UACCCCACAGGGUCUUCACCAUCAAACGAACCUCGAAAAGCAUGGACGGAAAGAUGAGUUUGUUCGAGGACGCAAAGACGUAGGCUAAAGAGGGUCCGUCUUUGUCAUUUCUCCCUUUCGAUCUGCAGUUUGAGACAAAGGGGUGAACUGCAUAUAGAAACUGAGCUGAACUUCACCAUGUAGUCAAAUGAUAGCGAGCUGGAGGGACAAAUCUUGUUUAGAAACGGAAUCUCAAUGUUGACCAACUGGUCACUUCCGUAGUUCGAUGUUUCUGAACUUGCACUGUGGUAAAAUGGCUUUUCAGCUAAGGAGUAUCUGCCGGAAGCGCGGCAUAUGCAAAUGUCUGUGUUAUGCAUUUUUGGUGAUUGUUGUUGUGGAGGUCGUGGUGUUCAACGCUCUGGUGUUUGUGGCGUUGAUGUCGGUGAAGAAGGAGUUGUCAACGAUACUGGACGCUCCAGGAAAUUCCCUCAUGGACAAGUUAAUGAAUAAUAGGAAAUUUCAGGAACUGGUGGAUGUGGGCCGGAAUGGAGGAUUUGCCAAACUGAUGGAGGAAACGGUCGGUCGAAUGUACAUUGUAUCGAAUCCAAGCGAUCGGGGCAACAAACCAUCCCAGCCACAGCUGAGUUUCCUAGGAAUCGACGUGUCAAACGCUCGUGAAGCCACGUACCUGUAUCGACGUAUACAGUCUCGGCCAGACUUCCCCUACACACGUCUCAUUGUUGACAUUGGCGCCAAUGACGGCCUUGUUUCCAGUAACUCGUUUAACUUUAUUCAGUGGGGAUGGAGCGCGAUACUCGUUGAGCCUCAGUCACAUGAAAUGAGCUUGGCAAAACUAAACAACAAGAGGAAUUUUGACCCUUACAAUGAGGGUAAACAGAACCUGACGCUAGUUCAAGGAAUAUUGUCUGACAAAGAUGGCAUGGUAGACUUUGUGUUGUCGAGUUCUGUGGACAAAAUGGAGAGCCAUGCCAUGAAGAAUUUCCAAUAUGAACAGGCCAAAAACACAAAUCCAUUCAUUGUGAAGGUGCCUAGUCUCACUGUCAGAACAUUUGCAAGGAGAUACAAUGUGCCAAAGAUGUUUGGAGUUCUCUCCCUUGAUGCAGAAGGUUUGGGAGAUAAGCUGUUGCACCAGUGGAUGGACCUAGGCUUCAAGCCUGCAUAUAUUAUAUAUGAACAGCUUCAUAACAGUGAACCAAUCAUCACCACUGUCGAUUACCUGGAGGAAAAAGGAUAUCGCUAUCUCAACAGACUGGGCUGGAACUAUUUGUUUGAACACAUGCCCUUCCCAGGAGAGGAAAAUUGAUUGUCAGCAGAAUCUGAUGUUUAAUAGAAUGCGAAAGCAUAUAUUGCGAUAUGUAUUGCAGUAUAUUGCAAGAAGUCUUUUUAAACAAAAAAACUAUGUAUAAUUGAGUUAAUGCUUGAUUUAUAAAG